UACGAGAAACUUCCCCUGGGCAUGGUAGAAUGAACAGGACUCGGCAUCAUAGCUAUUAACGUUAUUAGCUGUAGUGUGUGUGUGUUUCCCUACUGUAUUAAUAUUCAGUUAUUAAUGGUGCAUUUAUUGCCAUGAGCCCACUUCCCACGGAAAAGGUUAGUAAAGACGCAAAAUUAUACUGCAAUCCCAACAACCGACAAAGAAAGUUAUGGGGGAACAAAUCAAUUUUAUUAUUUCCGAAAAGAGACCUAAAUCCUAACUAAAACUCAUUCUCCUAAGUCCUUCUUUACUGCAUUAAAUUAAAUUCCCAGUAGGUGACGCUCUCUGCCAACACCGAGCACAACCCUGCAAUGGGGAGGCACACGUUGACUUGAGUCUAACGACUCCAAUCUCGUCAUCAUUUGUAACCAUAGAGCAUGAAUUACCUCUUGAAGUCAUCAGUGAGAAUUUACGACUGGUCAACAAAAGCACGUGAUUCUCAAACGCACCCCCACCCCCAUAUUUGGCCGCAUACAUAGCAAAAACCAAGUACAGUGCAUUGCUAUAAUUCAUUAAUACAUCAUAAAUCGUGAAGCACAGCGUUAUAACGACCAAGAUCUACAAAUCAAGCCCUCUAAAACAACCUAAAUGAGCUCUUACUUUGUAAACUCGUUCUCAGGGCGCUACCCAAAUGGCCCCGACUAUCAGUUACUAAAUUAUGGAACUAGCAGCAGCGCUAUGAACGCCUCGUACAGGGACUCCAGCACCAUGCAUUCGGGCUCUUACGGCUACAACUACAAUGGGAUGGACCUGACCGUCAAUCGUUCAUCCAAUACUGGCCACUUUGGGGCUGUUGGGGAUAACUCCCGGGGUUUCCAGUCUCCCGCUCCGGAGACGCGGUUCAGGCAGCCGUCAAGCUGCUCGCUGGCGUCCCCGGAGCCGCUGCCGUGCUCCAACAGCGAGAGCCUGGGACCCAAAUGCUCCUCGCCCCUUUCCGACCAGAGCGCCUGCACGACGGGAAGUAACCUCACCAACACCACACAUUUCACUGAAAUAGACGAGGCGAGCGCUUCCUCCGAGACCGAGGAGGGCACCCAUAGAGCCAGCGGCAACCCCGACGCCCGGACGCAGCAGAAGCAAGAGACCACAGCAACCUCCACCACCACGGCAUCGAGCGAUGGCCAAGCACCACAGAUAUUCCCCUGGAUGCGGAAACUGCACAUUAGCCAUGAUAUGACUGGACCAGACGGCAAAAGGGCCCGAACAGCAUAUACUCGCUAUCAGACGCUAGAGCUGGAAAAGGAGUUCCAUUUCAAUAGGUACCUUACCCGAAGGAGGAGAAUAGAGAUAGCCCACGCGCUCUGCCUCUCAGAACGGCAAAUUAAGAUCUGGUUCCAAAACCGAAGAAUGAAAUGGAAAAAGGACAAUAAACUGAAGAGCAUGAGUCUGGCUACUGCAGGUAACGCUUUCCAGCCAUAGACGUCACGCAAGUAAAUAAUACACUACGUGGGGUGAAAAGAAUACACACAUUCAAAAUAGUUUUUAAAAACACUAUAACUGAGUACUGUACAACGCGGCAUCUUUUGGCAUGUUGUUGAUGUUUUAGGGCAACUUAACUUCUACUGUUGUACUGCUUCUAUAAAAACAGUUCAUGUUCAUAUGUUCUUGUCUUUUUAAUACAACAGUGAUUAUUGUUUGGAGGUUAAAAAAAAUAAGAAAAAUAGCUAUCUAUACCGCCCGUUGUUAUUGUUAUAAAUAUCGUUUUCGUGUCAAGUGCUAUGUUACUGCUUUCUUGAAAGUUGGCAUGUGAGCCCUUAAAUGUUAUAACUUAUUAACAAACUAUAACGAAUAUACUUUUGAGUUUACAGCUUUAGAGACUCCUCUGCCCAAAUAUGAAGUUAAGCUAUAUUAAACAGGCCCCUGUAUUGCUUUAGCAGGAGUCUCGGUGAGUUAUAUAUGGUGAUCUUCAUGUUUUCAUACCAUUGUUUGAAUCAUAUCUUUGGAUUUUGUCAUGUGUUUAAAUUACUCAUUUAUUUUUUGAAAAAAAGGAAACUUGUAUAAAAACAAAAACAAAUCUUAACUAGAGUUCCUGUAUCCGUUCAUACGUUUGUAUAGUUAUAUUCAACAUGUAAUUGUAUAUUAUUGGAUCAUGCUUAUGUUCCAGAAAGGAUGUAUAUAUUAGACAUUUUUAAUGUGACCAAUUGGCUAUUUGUAUUGGGCAGAGUGAAUGACAAGUGUGUGGGGGAAAAUGACAAUUGUCAUGUCGGACUGCCUGUAAGCAUUUUGCCAAUAAGCUUUUUGUAUUUGUUUGUAGCUUACCUUGGAGUACAAAAUAAAGUUCCUCAUACUCAGACCUAA